AUUAUAAAAUACACCUCAUUAUCUUUGUAAUCAAAUGUGUGUAUGACAACUACAUAUAUCAGUGCCCAAAUUAAGGGUUAUUUAAUCUAUUUUCACGGAGGGAUCAAUUUAUGCAAGCAACCUGUUUCUAGUGUGCCUCUGGAGAUAACUGUUUUCAAACAGAACAUGUGAAGUAUCUGCCCACCACUAUGACUUUGGACGGAACAUUUUCACAAAGAUAGUACAUGGCAGUUCUGACGUUUGUUGUUAUUUUUGGUGAACACAGUAGUUUUUGUGAAAAUGCCUGUUCGUUGUUUCCAGUGAAAGUGCUCCGGGAUCCAUGCUUGCACCAUGUAACACCCAUAGAAUCUCAAACAACAUGAACUCAUUAACUGGUUGAUUUGAGAACGACAGUUUUUUUGUGUUAUCGAUUCUCCCUAGCACUCCCUCAUGAGGUCUUCAAAACACGAUCUCUUCAAAACAUGAUUUCUUCUCCUAGAUAGUAUAAAAACGACAAGUGCGCUGUAAGAUGGAAACUGUGGGCGAUUUUGAGUACAGCAGCAAAGAAAUAAUUGGUCAUGGAGCUUUUGCUGUUGUCUUUAAAGGAAGACACAGAAAGAAUCCAAAUUUUGUAGUGGCAAUAAAAAGUAUCACCAAAAAGAAUCUUGCAAAAUCUCAGAAUCUUCUUGGGAAAGAAAUCAAGAUUUUGAAGGAAUUAACGGAAUUACACCAUGAAAAUGUCGUGGCGCUCCUUGAUUGUAAGGAAACUGCACUCAAUGUUUUCCUUGUCAUGGAAUAUUGCAAUGGAGGAGAUUUGGCUGACUAUUUAGCAGUCAAGGGGACAUUAAGUGAGGAUACAAUUCGCCUCUUCCUCUGUCAGUUGGCUGGUGCCAUGAAAGCUUUGUAUGCAAAAGGCAUUGUACAUAGAGAUUUAAAACCACAAAACAUUCUUCUCAGCCAUUCAGGUGGUAAGAUGUGCCCACAGCCUCAUGAAAUAACACUUAAGAUUGCUGACUUUGGUUUUGCAAGGUUCUUACAGGAUGGUGUUAUGGCAAAAACAUUAUGUGGAUCUCCUAUGUACAUGGCUCCAGAAGUUAUAAUGUCUCUCCAGUAUGAUGCGAAGGCAGAUCUGUGGAGCUUGGGCACAAUUGUUUUCCAAUGUCUGACUGGAAAGGCUCCAUUUCAGGCCCAAACUCCACCUGCUCUCAAACAGUUUUAUGAGAAAAAUGGAAAUUUGUCUCCAAAGAUACCACCAGGAACAUCACCAGAAUUAACAGAUCUCUUGAUGGGGCUGUUGCGACGUAAUGCUAGGGACCGCAUGAAUUUUGACACAUUUUUUAAUCAUCCGUUCUUGAAAAGACAUUCAGAGCCUGUUCCCACCCCAGCUCCACCACCACCGCCGUCCUGUACUCUACCUGGAGAGCUUCCUCCUUCUCCAGCUACAUUGUUUGCUCCUGUAGCAGCGGCUUCUUCACUACCAAGGGCUGAACCCUCUUCACCAGAACCAGGAUCACCAGUGUCUUGUAGAGGCCAAGGCAGUAGUUCAAGUCCAGAAGAAACAGAUGACUUUGUCUUGGUUCCAUCAAAUAUUCCUUCUGAUCAGUCAAGUGAUAGCAACAUUGAAAGACAGGUGAAAGGUAUUCGACCAUGCAUGGCAAUAGCUAGUCCACCGAGGCCAAGUUUCCUGCCAAUAUCAGACCCCAUCCCUGUACCAACACAAAGGGAUGCUUAUCAGCAGUUACAAACAAAUGAUGGAUUGCAGUCACCAAGUAAGAGUACAGUUCCUAGAUCACAACCAAUCAACAUGAAGAGAGGGAAUGAUUAUUCGAGAACAGCUCCACCAGAUCUUAGCUCACUGUCACCACCUUCUGUGCAGUUCAUGAUAGGUACACCACCUGGUGGAGGGGGUCAACGUCGUCGUUCAGCAUCAGGCAGUUCAUGUGAAACACCACCACCUGUAACAACGUGGCAAGUGUCUCCUGUCUCUGGAGGAAAGUUAACUCCAACUAGUUCACCACUUAGGCGUUCAGGAACAAGUUCACCCCUUCUGAGCGGUCCACUAGCUGUUUUACCGCCUAUACUUGGUUCUCCAACUCGUUUGACAGAAAAUAAUAAUCUCCGACAUUCACCAAUAAUGCCAUUUGGUACAAGGGCUAUGACAUUGCCAGAAAUUUCAGAAGCUGGAGGAAUUCAGAGGCUUUUCCACAAUUCUCCAGCACCUGCAAUUGAAGGGCCUAUAACUUUCCUAGCUCCAGAACUUCCUGAAGAAACACUAUUAGAAAGGGAACACAAUGAGACACUGGCCAAACUAAAUUUCGUGUUAGCACUGUCGGACUGUGUAGCAGAGUUGGCAGCAUCUCGCGCAACUCCACUAGCAGCAUUAGCGGAUGGUGCAGGGAGUGGUGGUGGUAGUGUUGGUGGUGGUGGUGGUGGUGGAGGAGGAGGAGGAGGAGGAGGAGGAGGAUCACGACAGAGUGAAGGAACUCGGCGUGCUGAGCAGCUGGUCCUGCUUGUACGUGCAUUGCAGCUUUUAAGCUCAGGACUGAAUCUAGCAACACAGCAGUUGCGAGCCGGAGUACUGCAACCAUCAGCGUCAGUCAAAAGUGUGGUCAGUAUGUUGAAUUCAAAAUUUCACCAGUGUUUAAAUGAGUGCAAGCAGCUAAAUACUCCUGGGCUUCUGCAAAAAGCAGGAGUAGAUCCAUCAAGCACUAGUAUCACUGCAGAUAGAAUUCUGUACAACCAUGCAAUCCAGAUGUGCCAGUCAGCAGCGCUUGAUGAGCUUUUCGGUCAGCCUGAAGAAUGCUUUCAGCGUUACCAGACGGCUCAGAUCUUACUGCAUAGCCUUUCACAACAAGUGAGCCACCAACAAGAUAGAGCUUUAUUAACAAAGUACAAAGAUGCUGUUGAGAAAAGGUUAUUCGUCCUACAACAGCAAGGCUACAUUUACUCUACUUGACCUAACCAGUUUGUGUGGAUAUUCCAUUUUGUCCCAUUCAAGAAACAAAUGGAUCAUUCCGGUACCUGAAGGUUUGGCAGCUAACAGUGCAAAAACUAUUCAACUGUGCUGUUGUGUUGAAUGGACAUAACAUUUUUUUACUGCUGUUGUAGAGCAAAUGGUUUUAUAAAUGUAAAACAUGGACACUUAAUGCUAAUGUAUUUGUGUAUGUUACAGGAAGUGUAUCGGUUGUCUUUUGUACAAUUGAAUAAUUGUAGUGUGUGCAUCAAUGUGCAUAUGUACAUAUAUGUAAAAAAUAAAAUCUAAAUAGCUGUGCAAAGAAGUAUUUGCAGUAACGUGAUAAUAGUUUGAAAGCAGAGUAUGUGGAGGGGAUGUCACCAUUAAACGGGCUAUUUGUGUAACUACAAGAGCUGUGUAAAUAAUCACACAAAAGUUUACUUUGAAAUAUAUGAGCUUCACAUUACUAUUGUAAUUUUAUGGCAAGAUUCUGAAUAUCAAUUCACAAAGAACUGUGUCUUACUGAGGAUGUGUAUGUAAAAUUUGGAGAUUUUGGAAGCAUGGUGAGUAAGCCUGGAAAUAUGUAAUAGGGUUUUGAUGUUUAAAUGUAACUUGUAAAAGAAAACACAAUACAAAUAAGAAUUCCUCUAUUACUUAGUCCAUUGAUAAAAUGUUCCCUUUGAAUCUUGUAAAACAUGUAGUAUUACAAGUUUUUAAAUUCCAUAUUUAUUUUUAGACAUUGUAUAAAUUAAAUUAUUGUGAUAAUGUGAAUGAUUGUAAUUUUAUCGCCAAUAGAACAAAUUUUAUAUCAAUAUUAAGUGAAUCUGUGUUCAACUAUUCAGCCCAAAUUAGCAUAUUUAAUCAGUAUUCUUUGAAUAAUCUUUCUGAUGCAUAGAAAAACUUAAUUUUCUGUUGAACUUGCUAUGCUAGUCAGGACAAAGAUAACAUUAUAAAUUUCAUAUUACUUACUUCAUAUUUGAUGUUACCUGUUACUCCUUCCUCUUUAUUUCUGCAUGUUUUCCUGUGUUUGUCAUAUAUACUAGAUGCCAUCACUAACACUGUUGCCAUCAGAACCUUAGCUGUCGCAGCUGCUCGAUGCUCGAGUUAUGAAGUAUUUAGAGUGUGGUAGGAAAAAAGACCUAGUACGACAACUCUGCAGUUUUAUUGGAAAACUUUUAGUUACAUUUGUGUUGGUGUAAAUAUCUAAGUUUCAAUCUCUUCAACAUUAUCAAGUUAUUAGCUGUUACAAUUAUUAGCAUACACUAAAUAUUUCCUGUGGCAGGAGGAUAUGGAAAAGUUCUAACUACAUAUCAGGUUGGAAAAUGGAUUAUUAUGCACACUUUACAUUGUAAUAGUAAUAUCAGAACUUCAUCUGUGUGGUUGCAGAAAUCUGCACACAAAUUCAGUAAUUAUCAAAACUUGAAAAAGCAUUUUUGAAAUGAGUUAGAGGAGAAUGAAAUAGUUCCAAAGCUAACUAAGACAGAACUGUCAUUAUGAAAUCAAAACUGCCUCUUAUGAUCAUAAAUAGUGUGUGUUGGUUACAGUACAGUUUGAAUUUGCUGAGUUUGUGACAAGACCUCUCCCCCUUUUUUUCCCCAUCAGUAAGCUCUGUUAGAUGAUAUCACCAUUUAAUUCUAAUGUUGUAUUGUUAUAUGAGUCAAGAAAAACAUUGCCCAAGUUUUAACAAUUUUAAGUUGCAAUAUUUUACAACAAGCCUACCUACCUUGCCUUAACAAUUUGUGUGAUACUACUCAUUAUAAUUAUGUGCACUAGUUGUUAUCUUUUCCUUUUCAUAUACCCAUAGACUGGUAAACGUAGAGGUCAGUCAUUUAUAAAUAAAAUUUUUCCAUCUAAUCUUUUUUGUGUGCACUGUACGUCUGACAUACUAAUUACCUUGCAGUAAGGAAGUGACAUGUUGGAGCUACAGUAAUUAUUUAUAUCUGCCUGUAUAUGUACCAGCCAUAUUAUCCAGAAAUUUGAAUCUUUUGAUACGUAAAUCAGUACAACAAAGGGGGGGGGGGGGGGGGCAAAAGCUGUGUGUUCAUACAACACCUGAGUUUUGUACUUGUCUGAGGUGACAGAGUUGAUGACAAGAAAUGAAACUAUUGCCUGGCAGUUAUCACCAAAAGUGUAAUAAAAUGUAAUUGAUGAACUAAAAAACUGAGACAGAACAAAAUAUAGAAAGCAAAAGAUAUGCAGACAGUAGCAAGAAAUACAAAUACUGUGCUGAUUUUAGAAGAGUUGUUAGAAUGAAACUGGAUUGGGGAGAAGAUGGAACAGUAUACAUAAGUAUUAUAAGACAGCAUUAAUGUAAGAAAAAAGAGAGCAUUUGAGAAAGGGACUACAGUAAAAACUGUCCUUAGUCUGAAGAUUGGUUUGAAUGUUGCAGUGCUUUACUAAGCACUUUUCUAUUAGAGGUGGUAUCUCCUUGCCAUCCUUCAACCUUUAAACUGAUCCAAUCAGUUAUAAGAGAACCUACAGUUUGACAUUGACAUUGAUCUGUGGUGCAACAUGACGUUUUUCACACAUACCAAUCGUUAUUUCAGGUGAAAGGAGCAAAAUAUGACAAAGAUAGAUAAAUUUCAGAAUCAGUUGGGGAUUGAACUCUGGACCUUUAAAUUUUUAUGCUGACGCACACACUUAGCUAUGAAUCCACAUGACAGGGAACUACAUUAUAAAUAUGUCAUAUUAACAGAAUGCACCUGGGAUGUUAACAAUUUCUUCUAAUUAACUGUAGGUAUAAACUACUCUAUAGAGUCUAUGAUUAUGGGAAGUAAUAUUCAUGUCCAUGGUUCAGUAACUUAUUUCACUGUGGAACUGCUUUCCUGAAUUUGCAAAUUCCAACUGUUUAUGGUACUUCUAAUUUUCAGUUUCUUUGAAUUUUCUUUUUCCGAACUACCGAUUCAAAUUUUCCAGCUUGAUUUUCACUUCCUGCUAAAAUUUUAUCUUUGUUGUUUCUCUUAGAUCUCAGUUCUUAUUUCUGCACUACAGCUACUCUUUAAUUUGGAGCCCUCUCCUGUUAAGAUCAUCUUAUAAUGUUAUGUCACCUGCACUGGGUCUUUUGCUGCUGCUUUCAGCAUCUACGGUAUUUUAGAAUGUUGCUCUUAAAAGAUGAACCUGAAAGUUUUCUCUACCAAGGUUUUUAUGCAUCUGUUGCUAACUAUGAUUAUUUCACUUGCCAACAAAGUGAGUACCAUUUCAUUUUCAGAGUUUUUAAAAUUAAGUGUAAGAGAAUUGAGCAGUGGCUGUACAUUUCCUUAUCAAACUUUUGUUUUAUGUAAUUAUUGCACAGUAUCAUAACUCUCGUUAUUUUUAUAUAUCUUGGUACACAAAUAGACCAGCCACAGUCAAUUUAUAGCGAAGCAAUAAAUAAAUUCCUUUGUGACUGAAAACAGCAUACCAGAUUGUGUGCUGAGGUUUAGAUUUUGAAAACACAGACCGCACAAUCCAUUAUGGAAGAGUGACUUCAAUUUAAAUACCAUGACCAUACAGUAUCAGUAACAUGAAAAGCAAAGUUCCAAAUGUAUUUACUUCCAUUCUAAAUUUCUGUUAUUUCAGUUUAAAAUUAUAGUAAGGUGCUACAGUUUUCCACUGCAUUGAUUCUAUACAAAGCAAAACAUCUCCUCCUCCUCCGCCGCCUCCCACCUGCCCCCAAUUUUGCUACACCUUACCGCUGUUUGGUACUGUCAAGUUUAUUAAUGUAAUAUGUUACUUUGCGUGCACAGAAAGUGAGUAACCAUUUAUUUUUGUCUCUCUGGUUUUAUCUUGUUUCAUUUGUUAUAUAUUAUGUGAACAAAUGAUCUAACGUGUUUCCUCGUUUGUGGGAUAUCAUAUACAGGUUGUACAAAUACUUUAAGAAAAGACUUCCUGACACUUAAAUUUAUGAUCAAUGUUAACAAAUUUCUCCUAUUCAGAAACGCUAUUCUUGCAAUUGCCAGUCUACAUUUUAUAUCCUCCCUACUUCGACCAUUAUCAGAUAUUUUGCUUCCCAAAUAAUAAAACUCAUUUACUACUUUAAGUGUAUACACACACACACACACACACACACACACACACACACACACACACACACACACACACACACACCAUAAAUGCUCAGCUGUUCUUCCCAGUCCUUUGCUGUCUCUGACAGAAUUAUAAUGUCAUCAACAAAUCUCGAGGUUUUUAUUUCCUCCACUUUCGUGCCCCUCAACUCUAUAACUGUCUUAAGUCUACAAGUGCUAUAAAUGUAGCUUUCCUUUCUUUAACCCAACUACUAAGAUAAAUCAUAGGGUCAGUAUUGCCUCACGUGUUGCUACAUUCCUACAGAAUCCAAACUAAUCUUCCCCGAGGUCGACUUCUACCAGUUUUUCCAUUCGUCUGUAAAGAAUUCGUGUUAGUAUUCUGCAACUGUGACUUAUUAAAUUGAUAAUUUGGUAAUUUUUACACCUGUCAGCACCUGCUUUCUUUGGAAUCAGGAUUAUUAUAUUCUUCUGGAAGUUUGAUGGUAUUUUGCCUGUCUCAUAUAGCUUGCUCACCAGACGGAAGAGUUUGGUCAUGGCUGGCUCUCCCAAGGCUAUGAGUUAUUCUAAUGAAAUGUUGUGUACUCCCGGGACCUUGUUUCUACUUAGGUCUUUCAGUACUCUGUCAGAUUCUUCAUGCUGCAUCAUAUCUCCCAUCACCUAUGUCCUCUUCUAUUUCCAUAAUAUUGCCCUCGAGUACAUUGCCCUUUUACAGACCCUCUAUAACUCCUUCCACCUUUCAGCUUUACCUUCUUUGCUUAGGACUGGUUUGCCAUCUGAGCUCUUGAUAUUCAUACAGGUGGUUCUCUUUAAUUUUCUGUGGGUGGCAUCUAUCUUGCCAGUAGUGAUAUAUGCUUCUACAUCCUUACAUUUGUCCUCUAGCCAUUCCUGCUUAGCUGUUUUGCACUUCCUGUUGAUCUAAUUUUUGAGACAAUUGAAUUCCUUUUUGCCUGCUUCAUAUGUUCAUAAAUUAGAUUCAGUAUCUCGUGUUACCCAAGGAUUUAUACUAGCCCUCAUCGUUUUACCUACUUGACCCUCUGCUGUCUUCACUAUUACAUUUCUCAAAGCUACCCGUUCUUCUUCUACUGUAUUCGUUUCCACUUUUCUUGUUAAUCAUUCCCUAAUGUUCCUUCUGAAACACUCUACAACCUCUAACUCUUUCAAUUUAUCCAGGACCUUUCUCCUUAAAUUUCUACCUUUCUGCAGUUUCUUCAGUUUUAAUCUACAGUUCAUAACCCAUAAAUUGUAGUUAGAGUCCACAUAUGUCCCUGGAAAUGUCUUACAAUUUAAAACCUGGUUUCUAAAUCUCUGUCUUACCAUUAUAUAAUCAGUCUGUAACCUUCCAAUGUCUCCAGGUCUCUUCCACAUAUACAAUCUCCUCUGAUGAUUCUUAAACAAAGUGUUAGCGAUGAUUAAAUUAUGCUCUUUGCAAAAUUCUAUCAAGCGGCUUCCUCUUCCAUUCCUUACCCCCAGCCCAUAUUCACCUACUACUUUUCCUUUUCCUACUUUUGAAUUCCAGUCCCCCGCGACUAUUAAGUUUUCACCUCCCAUAACUAUUUGAAUAAUGUCUUUUAGUUCAGCAUACAUUCCUUUAAUCUCAUCAUCAUUUGCAGAGCUUGUUGGCAUAUAGUCUUGUACAACUGUGGCAGGCAUGGGCUUCAUGUCUAUCUUGGUGACAAUGUGUUCACUGUGCUGUUCCUAGUAGCUUAUCCGUGCUCCUUUCUUUCUUUCUUUCUUUUUUUUUCCCCUCCAUUAUUAAACCUACUCCUGCAUUACCCCUAUUUGAUUUUGUAUUUAUAAACAUGUAUUCACCUGACCAGAAGUCUUGUUCCUCCUGCCACUGAACUUCACUAAUUCUCACUAUAUCUCACUUUAACCUGUCCAUUUCCCUUUGCAAAUUUUUCUAACCUACCUGUCCGAUUAAGGGAUCUGACAUUCCACGUUCCGAUCCAUAGAACUCCAGUUUUGUUUCUCCUGAUAACAAUGUCCUCCUGAGUAGUCCCCGCCCAGAGAUCCAAAUAGGGGACUAUUUUACCUCUGGAAUGUUUUACCUGAGAGAAUGCUAUCAUCAUGGAACCAUACAGUAAAGUACAUGCCCUCAGGAAAAUUAUGGCUGUAGUUUCCCCUUGCUUUCACCCAUUCGCAGUACCAGCACAGCACUGCUGUUUUUGUUGAUGUUACAAGGCCAGUUCAGUCAAUCAUGACUUGCCCCUUUACAGGAACCACAUGCUUGUCUGGCCUUUGAACAGAUACCCCUCCGCUGGGGUUGCACCUAUGGUGCAGCUAUUUGCAUUGCUGAGGCACGCAAACUUCCCCCCAAUUGCAUGGUUCAUUGGUGUGGUGGGGGGGGGGGGG